UCACAGAAGAUUAUGCAGUGUCGAGUAGGAGAAAAAGUACCAUGAGGAUGUCAACAUUGCCCAAAGACAACUCCAAGUGUUUAUGUCAUUCAAUGUUGUCAGGAACGACUGUUUUUAAAACAAAGAGAAAAACUGAGGUCGGGGGCUAGGAGAAUAUCCAGCCAUCAAUUUCAGGAAUAAGUUUGCUAAAGAUGUGUUGUUUCCCAAACACACAGUCACCAAAUGAUCACACUGGAAUUACCAAGGGCGAAGCUAGCUGAGUUAUGCCUGUUAAUGAAAUCAAUUCUUAAUUGCUUUUUUUUCACAGCUGCAGUUCUGGCAAGAAUGAGUUCAGAACUUCGAUGCCAAUGCAUAAAUACACACUCCACACCUUUCCACCCCAAAUUUAUCAAAGAAUUGCGAGUGAUUGAGAGUGGACCACACUGUGAAAAUUCAGAAAUCAUUGUUAAGCUUGGCAAUGGAAAAGAGGUCUGCUUAAACCCCAAGGAAAAGUGGGUGCAGAAGGUUGUGCAGAUAUUUUUGAAGAGAGCUGAGAAGAAAGAUCCAUGAAAACAACAACAACAACCAAAAUCCCAUUUGUCCAUGGCUUCCAAGAAUUCCUCAGUAAAGAUACCAAUGAAACUUCAAACAAAUCUACUUCAAUGCCUCAUGUACUGUGUAGGUCUGCUGUAGGGUUGCCAGAUAAAAUACAGAAUGCCCAGUUAUAUUUGAAUAUUAAGUAAAACAAUGAAUAUUUUUUUCAA